CGCGCCCAGGUCCUCCAGCGGGAGCUGGACCUGGAACGGGACCUGCGGGAGAAAGCUGAAGGUGAGGUGGCGGCUCUGAACAGACGAAUCCAGCUGGUGGAAGAGGAGUUGGAUCGUGCCCAAGAACGGCUGGCCACAGCCCCGAAGGAAAUGGGAGAGGCCGAACACACUUGCUUUGUCUUCUGCAGAGGAAUGAAGGUUAUUGAGAACAGAGCAAUGAAAGAUGAAGAGAAAAUGGAGAUUCAGGAAAUGCAACUGAAGGAGGCCAAGCAUAUUGCUGAGGAAGCUGACCGCAAAUACGAAGAGGUUGCCCGUAAACUGGUUAUUUUGGAGGGUGAACUGGAAAGAGCUGAAGAGCGCGCAGAGGUGUCUGAAGUUAAAUGUAGUGACCUUGAAGAGGAGUUAAAGAACGUCACCAACAACCUGAAGUCUUUGGAAGCUCAAUCUGAAAAGUACUCGGAAAAAGAAGAUAAAUACGAAGAAGAAAUCAAGAUUCUCUCUGACAAGCUCAAAGAAGCUGAAACUCGUGCGGAAUUUGCAGAGAGAACAGUUGCCAAACUGGAAAAGUCUAUUGAUGACCUGGAAGAUGAGCUGUACGCUCAGAAGCUGAAGUACAAAGCGAUCAGCGAGGAGCUUGACCAUGCUCUCAAUGACAUGACCUCCUUGUGAGCCGCGCUCGGGGGGCGGGGGCCGCUCUACCUGCUGCAGCUCUUGAGCUUUUCUUGCCUGUAAUUCCUGUCCCUUCCACGCAACUUCCACAAGCGACCCUCCCACCUCUGUAGGAACUGAGCUCAAUAAAACCCAGAUACCUCUGCCAGU